CCGCGCGGGGAGGCGUGCGGACCACAGCCCGGCUCCCAGCCAGCCCCGCCGAGCCCCGCGGACCCCGCAGCCCCGCGCAGCCAUGGAGGAACUCACGGCUUUUGUAUCCAAAUCUUUUGACCAGAAAAGCAAGGAGAGUAGCGGCGGCGGCGGCGGCGGCGCCGGCAAGAAGGAUUCGAUCACGUACAGGGAAGUUUUGGAGAGCGGACUGGCGCGCUCCCGGGAGCUGGGGAGUUCGGAAUCCAGCCUCCAGGACAUUACCGAGGGCAGUGGCCACUGUCCGGUGCAUCUGUUUAAGGACCACGUGGACAGCGACAAGGACAAACUGAAAGAGUUCGGCACGGGGAGGGCUGCGGAAGGUAUCUACGAGUGCAAGGAGAAGCGGGACGACGUGAAGUCGGAGGACGAAGACGGCCAGACGAAGCUGAAACAGAGGCGCAGUCGCACCAACUUCACGCUCGAGCAGCUCAACGAGCUGGAGCGGCUCUUCGACGAGACCCACUACCCCGACGCCUUCAUGCGCGAGGAGCUCAGCCAGCGCCUGGGGCUCUCGGAGGCGCGCGUGCAGGUUUGGUUCCAGAACCGACGAGCCAAGUGCCGCAAGCAGGAGAACCAGAUGCAUAAAGGCGUUAUCCUGGGCACCGCCAGCCACCUGGACGCCUGCAGGGUGGCGCCCUACGUCAACAUGGGCGCCCUGCGAAUGCCUUUCCAACAGGUCCAGGCGCAGCUGCAGCUGGAGGGCGUGGCGCACGCGCACCCGCACCUGCAUCCACACCUGGCGGCGCACGCGCCCUACCUGAUGUUCCCGCCGCCGCCCUUCGGGCUGCCCAUCGCGUCGCUAGCCGAGUCGGCCUCGGCCGCCGCUGUCGUGGCUGCCGCCGCCAAGAGCAAUAGCAAAAACUCCAGCAUCGCCGACCUGCGGCUCAAGGCGCGCAAGCACGCCGAGGCCCUGGGGCUCUGA